AUGUCUCCUUAUUUGUUUGCAAUUUCCAUGGAAUAUCUAAGCCGGCUGUUGAAUGAAUUAAAAAAGAACAAGGCAUUUAAGUUCCAUCCUAAAUGCAAGAAACUAGGAAUUACUCACAUGUGUUUUGCGGAUGAUCUUUUACUGUUUUCAAGGGGAGAUAGCGCUUCAGUACAGGCACUGUUCCAUUGCUUUCAAAUAUUCUCAGCCUCUUCUGGCUUACAAGCAAAUCUGGGGAAGAGUAGUAUUAGUUUUGGUAGUGUCCAAGUACAAGAACAAGAAUUGAUCAAGCAGCAACUUGGGUUUAGUAUAGGGGAAUUGCCUUUCAAGUAUUUAGGAAUUCUUCUUACUACCAAGAAACUGACCUUUGUCCGGUGGAUACCUUUGAUAGAGAAGAUUGUGGCUAAAAUCACUUCAUGGAUAGCUAAAAAGCUGUCAUAUGCAGGAAAAACUCAGUUAGUGCAAUCAGUGCUUUUUGGUGUACAAGCUUAUUGGUCACAGCUCUUUGUCCUCCCGGGGAAAGGGUGUGCUCGCCAAUCUCAGCAGGUGGACUUAAUUUGA